GUUUAUCAGCAGCCCAAAACACUUUACCAUGGAUGAGGACGAAGCCCCCGCCGUAGUCAUCGACAAUGGAUCUGGAAUGAACAAAGCCGGUUUUGCCGGAGAUGAUGCUCCCCGAGCUGUCUUCCCCUCAGUCGUCGGACGACCCAGACAUCAAGGUGUCAUGGUCGGUAUGGGAAACAAGGACUCUUACGUCGGAGAUGAAGCCCAGAGCAAGAGAGGUAUCCUCACCCUGAAGUACCCCAUCGAGCACGGAAUCGUCACCAACUGGGAUGAUAUGGAGAAGAUCUGGCAUCAUACCUUCUACAACGAGCUGAGAGUUGCCCCCGAAGAACACCCCGCUCUUCUGACUGAGGCUCCCCUCAACCCCAAGGCCAACAGAGAGAAAAUGACCCAGAUCAUGUUCGAGACCUUCAACUCUCCCGCUUUCUACGUUGCCAUCCAGGCUGUUCUGGCUCUGUAUGCCUCUGGCCGAACCACCGGUAUCGUCAUGGAUUCUGGAGAUGGUGUUACCCACGCCGUACCCAUCUAUGAGGGAUAUGCACUCCCCCAUGCCAUCAUGCGUAUGGACUUGGCUGGACGAGAUUUGACUGAGUACCUCAUGAAGGUGCUGACCGAGAGAGGUUAUUCCUUCACCACCACCGCCGAGAGGGAAAUCGUCAGGGAUGUCAAGGAGAAGCUCUGCUACGUUGCCCUCGACUUCGACCAGGAAAUGGCCACCGCCGCCAGCUCCAGCUCCCUCGAGAAGUCCUACGAACUCCCCGACGGACAGGUCAUCACUGUUGGAAACGAGAGAUUCAGGGCCCCAGAGGCUCUCUUCCAGCCUGCCUUCCUCGGAAUGGAAAUCCAUGGAAUCCACGAGAACUGCUUCAACUCCAUCAUGAAGUGUGAUAUUGACAUCAGGAAGGAUCUGUACGCUAACUGUGUCCUCUCCGGAGGUACCACCAUGUACCCCGGUAUCGCUGACAGGAUGCAGAAGGAGAUCACCGCCCUGGCUCCUCCCACCAUGAAGGUCAAGGUCAUUGCUCCUCCAGAGAGGAAAUACUCCGUCUGGAUUGGAGGAUCCAUCCUUGCUUCCCUCUCCACAUUCCAAGCCAUGUGGAUCACAAAGGAAGAGUAUGACGAGGCUGGUCCUUCUAUCGUCCACAGGAAGUGCUUCUAAACAAGCCG